GAGGGAAGCUACCUGCGGGGUGGCCGCAUGGUCGCUUCGCCGCAGGGCGCAGAAGCCUCCAGGUCGCCGGGCGCCUCCGACCCACAGGGCACCCAGGGACCCGCCGCGGCGCUCGCCGGCGGUGCCGGCGGCGGCCUCGAUGCCGAGCCCGUGCGCCUGCGGGAGGAGGUCGCCAGGCUGCGCGGGGAGCUGCAGCAGCUGCGGAGGCAGUCCUCCGCCGAGCAGAGCAG